GACCUAGGCGAAGCGUCUCCAUGUACUUCCGGGUCGCCGGAGCGAAACGGGAAGGUCGGUCGCUCGCUUUUGGUCGGCGAUUACGGUCAGUCGGCUGGUUGGUUGGUUUUGGUUUAGAUUUCGUUCGGGUUUUUCUGUGGUUAGGUUAGGUUUGUUUGUUUGUGUGUGUGAGAGAGAGAGAGAGAGUGUGUCUUGGUUGUGUUGCUGUGUUUUUUUUUCUUUCCCCCUCCUCUUUCUUCUCCUUCCUCUUCUUUUUUCUUCUCCGUUUCUGUGGGAGGAAGGAGGGAAGAAAGAAAGAAAGAGCGAGAGAGGGCCGAAUGAAAGAAGGUGAGGGAAUAGAGACGGCUUAAUGGUUAAUGGUUAAACGUUAACAAAAAGGAAAAAAAAAAAAAAAGCAAACAGAAAAAGACAAAGUGCGAAGCAGUAAGACACAUGCGGUUCAUUUAAAAUUAUUAUUACCCAUAGACCUCCUUCACAUCGCUUUGGACGGUUGUUUCAUAUACUUUUUUUGGUCGACAAUGCCUAGAAGAAAACAGAACUGCCCUAAACGUUUGAAAUCAGGUAGAGCCAAUCCUAGAAGUUGACAACGUAAACACGCCAUACACACAGAAGACAGAGAUUCUUGAAGCUAGAACACAUAUACAAUACAAAAUAAACUUCAGAUGAAGAUAACAGCAUGAAACAGAAAUCAAAUGACUCAGUUGAAGGUGACGGAGACAAAGAUCUGGACGAUGAACAGGACUCUAAUUCACAGUCGAGCCAACCAGACAAUGAAUCCGACUUUGGAUCUCCGCCAGAACAACCAAGCCCUCAAGCCAAAGGUCAGGUGAAAGUGGAAUCGAAAAUACUGACUCCACCGCCGCCACCACCACCACCACCUGUGUGCACCCCUACAAAAGGAUCACCGCUCAGAGACAUGACACCACCAUCUCCACUACGUCGUAGUUCAGUCAUUACAGACAAUUCGUUGUCUGGACAGUCAUCAGUAACGUUACCACCUCACACCGCUACAGCAACCAUACCGGUGUCAGUUAUCACUCGGACUAUUUCCCAUUCUUCACACAAUCUGACCACAUCGAGACACAGUGUCCGGGAUCAGUACAAACCCAUCAACGGUCUAUAUCGGUCACUUGGUAGUAGUGUUAGCCAUAGCAGUAACAACAGUACCACGUCCGGUAGUCAUCACACUAGCCAUCACCGUAGCAACAAUGCUCAUUCACAUAUCAUCAACAACACCGCUAACAGCAGCAGCAACACCAUGACAUCAAAUACGACUCCAUCCCGAACAACAAACCAUCACAUGACAGCCAGCUCUAGCAGUAAUUCCGACGAACCAUUGGAUUUGUCAAAGAAAACCAAAACCAAAACUCACACAUCACCCCUCCCAGUCUCGAAUGGCAUCAGUGGGGGUUUGUCUUCAAGUUUGAAGAGUCUCCAACAACGGUUUGGCGGUGAUUUCCACAUAAAUGGUACCAAUAUCCGAGUGAACAAAUCCAUCGAAGAUCCAGUAGUUAUCAGUCAGCUUCCAGUCAAUCACUUCAGCACAAGUCACCUGAUCAGUAGCAAUCUGUCCGACUAUAGCAACAAUGUCAACACAGAUGUAGGGUCCAGUCUGAAGGUGAACAGCAACAAUUCGUUGAUGAGUCAAAUGGUGGAGACACCGAGUGACAGCUGCACGGAAGGUGGCAGCGGCAGCAGCCGAUACACAACACACAGGUGCUCUUGUCAGAAGGUAUUUAGCACACUGUAUGACUUGAGUAUCCAUCUUCAAGAGACACAUCACAUACCUCCUGGCAGCAAAGAUGCUAGUCUGAUGGAGUACCCAAAACUUGUACGAGGUCAGGAUAUGUGGCUAAACCAGGAGUCCGAACAGACCAGGCGUAUUCUGCGUUGCAUGCAGUGUGGCGAGUCAUUUAAGACACUUCCUGAGUUGACUUUGCAUAUGAUGCAAACUCAACACUAUACGAAAAUUGUCAGUUCAGAUCAUGGUCGCAGGUCACAUAAAUGCUCCUCUUACUGUGAUCGAGAUCUUGAAAAAGAGUGUAUCUUUAAGUGUAAGGUUUGCCAGGAGACCUACAAUGAUAUGGAAGGUUUAGCAAACCACAUGAUUAUGUCAGGACAUCACAAGAAACAAAUUCUACGUUCUUAUAAUUCCCCAGAAAUCCUGUUACGAGCACGACGGAAGCGUCCCUUCAGCAGCGAGGACAAGCUUGGUCUAGGUGCUAACCCCACUGUUGCAACUUUAUUGGAGUUUAAACGCAAAUGUGUCAGCCAUGAAAGCUUAAACAGUCCAAAUGUAAAGUUCACUGAUAUAGUUGCCAAAGAUGAAGAUGGCUAUAUUACUUGUGAGAACUGUGGAAAAUGCAUUGAGAUGCAGGUAUUUGUAGAACAUAUCCGCACAUGUGUACGGCAGCGAUCAGGUGUCAUCGAUGCCCUAAAGAUGAAACUGAACGCUGACGAUGAUCAGCGCCGACAACAGAAAAAGGUUGAAACUCCAAACGCAAACACAGGUUCCAAUAUCAGUAAUCCAGUCCGAAAAACAAGCCCUAAUCGGCCAACAGUUCCUGACAGCACAGAUUAUGAUAUCACCAAAGUAAAAACCGAGCCGAAAGAAGUGGAUGAAAGGUGUGAUAGUUUGAAGGAAGUACCAGUGUGUAGUCCAUCAAAAUUGGAACCAAAAACUGAGAUUAUGGAUAGCUCAACACCAGAAGAGAAAGUAAAUAAUCUGAAAGUGAUACUUCCUCGAGUUUCUGAAGAGGACAGCAAUGGUAACAGCAGCAACAACAACACAACAAAUAUCCGUAAAGAAACAGAUAAGGUACACUUAGACAUAAUCGAUCCUGGUUGCAGCGAUACAGGUGGACUUUCAGCACUUCGGGCAAUGGAAUCAUUUAUACAAAAGAGUUUCAAAACUAAAUUUGAUAAGAGUAGUAGUCAUAAAGAAGUGUCCAACAACACCAGUUCUUCAAGCAGCUCGACAACAGCAGUCACCCAAGAAAUUAAACGAGUAACGACACCUGAAAGCCCUUCGUCGAGAUACAUCCAGAUUCCAAGCCAACAGAAACCUAGUCUGCGAAGUAGUUCUUACUUUCCGACUGUGCCUUCGAGCCAGCCUGCUUUGUGCCAGGAAACAAACGAUGAAGGUGGUUCGGAGCAAGAAAGUAACGAGUCCUUUAAAACAGCCGGCAAAGAACUACAGUCUUUAUCAGAUAUGUGCGAACAGAUUACAAAGCAAGUGAACACACCAAGUGUAAAAUCCGAAGAGAAGAUUCUGUCCAGUUCCAGUGAUAUCAAUAAAGAAGAGAAUUCCAAGAGCCCCACUGCAAGUGCUGAGAAGAAACCGUGUAAAGAAGCCCUUGAAGAAAAAUACCUUCAGCUGCCGCCAACUACAGAGCCUAGCUCUUCACAUUCCUCUGCUCUCGAUUCUUUAAGCAGUUUUGUCUAUGGUCAGCCUAUGACAUGUGAACAUCCCUUAGAUAGCUUACAAAAACUGAUAACAAACACAGAUAGCAUGAAAUUACCCUCAAACGAUAGUCAUCCCUCCAAGUGCCAGACAGUUAUUCCCUCUUCAUCGCCAGAGAUUGCUAUUCCAUUGAAUUUAUCGACAAAAUGUCAAAAAGAUGAAGAUAAGGAAAAAGUUUCUGACCGGGAAGAAUCGUCUGUCUUGGACAAUUCUACUGAUGCUGGCCAUGGGGACCUAACUUCUCCGGCCAGCGAUUCUGACAGUGGUGAUUAUAAAUGUCCAGCCUGUAGUCGGCAGUGUGCGUCAAAAGGCUCCUGUCGCUACCACCUGAGCCGGUGUCAUUUGUCAUCUGUGAAAAAAUUUAGCAUUCGUGAUCCGUUCAGCAUGAGUCCAUUUGUCUAUCUACCUCUGGAUCAUACGGCUAAGUUUACCAAAUACUAUGAGAUGGCACAUGAACUUGCAAACAAGGGCAGUGUCUCACAUGAACUCACUGCGAAGGGCAAGUAACCACAAUCACAACUACCGUGGUAACUCAGCUCUAGAAAUAAAAUAAAAAUU